AGAGAUCCGCAUUCUCACUCCGACUUUGCUUGUUGCAGCAGACUCAGCACUCGACGAUCCCUCUGACGUUUCAAACGGCCCUUCAUCGACGUGACCGCUGUUAGUGACACGCACAUCAACGGCCGUGGGAGAAUAUAUUUAGUCACCGACCUCGAGCACACUACAAUGGACCGCACCAAAAGAAAAGCCUACAGCAACGAAAGCUACAGACGACAUGAACACGACAUGCCAUUGAAAAAGGAAAUAGAACCGUGGCGCGGCUCCUCUGGCUUCGGCCUCGCCAACAUCCUCAACCGUAGUACCUCCAGUAGUGCCUCCGACAGCGCCAUGCCCAAGUUCAGCCUCCCGUCGCUCCACAGCUUCGGCAAGCCGCUGCUCACCAAGCCUGAGGUCCCAAUAGCUCCGCAGCACUACGAGGAAGAGAACCGCUACGUCUCCACUCGCCACCAGCAGCGUAGCGCUGACUCGUCUCCAGUUCGACAGACGUCGCCGUCACCCAACUCUCGCCGCAUUGCACCGGCACCUGCAGACGAAGACGAGGCAGAGCAAGACUCUGAAAGCAUGGCAGCAACCACUCGCGGCGGCACCGUUAACCAACCGAUUCGCGGUGGACGUUGGACCGCGGACGAGCAUGAGCGCUUCUUAGAGGGAUUCCGUAUUCACGGCCACAAGUGGAAACGCGUGCAGCAAGUGGUUCGCACACGAUCGGUGACUCAAGUACGCACACACGCACAGAAAUAUCUGCUCAAGGUUGCCAAGCUUAAAGCUGAGAAGAAGCAGAGUAGCAAGACCCCCGAAAUGGCUACACUUGCUGCUGAGCAGCCUGGAUCCGGAGGAGGAGACUCCGUAGACGGCAACAAUACAGCGCCCUCUACUCCAGAACACGAUGCGGCCCAAGACAGUCCACGCAAGACCCCACGAAAGAAAGUGCGCCGUCUGGAUCCAGGCAACUGUGAUCCCGUGGACCAAGAGUACAUUGCCGCUGCCGCCACCACCUUGUGCUUCCUCAUGAGUCAGAAGAUCGACUCGUUGCUCGACACGAGACACGAACCGCAGGGGGAAGGCAACAAAGCGGACUAUGAGCCUUACGACUGCUACGCACCCCAGACGGCAGCACAGCCAGACACCGAGCACAGUGAGUCCCGCAAGCGGUCGUACAUGCACUUUAUCACGGAUCAGCAGGAGGGCUACUCGUCGUCCUACGAUACCACUCACGGCGAGCCUUCGUCGUACUCAAUUGAAGGCAGCAAGCUUUGCUCGUAAACAUCAAAGCGAGCCACAUUCAAGCGUCAGCCAGCUGGAAGGAAAAUCACCAAGAUUGCUACUGCAAACCGCCUCCCGACGAUUGCGCGAAUGUAUAUAUCUUAUGUAUAUAUGGAGAUACCUCGUCCACGUGUAGCAGGAGACAAGGUGGUGGUGGGUGAGGCAGGGAAGUUUAGCCGGUUUGGGGCUGUGCUCGAAGCCAACCGGCAUUGUAAGUUAGUUGCUAUUGUAUAUAGAUCCCCGCCAAGCUCUGCCCUCCAGAGACAAACGUCCACCGUAGACCAAGAAGAUCGACUCCUCCUUUUUUAAUACUUGUCAAUAGUUAUAUGCUCUACUCAUUUGCCGGUG